GAGCUGGUACCCCAUACGGGAAGUGCCUCGGCGCGAAGUCAUUUGGGGCAAUUUCCCCACGAAAGGCGGCUCCCCCGCAUUUGGUUGGUCCACCUGCUAAUCCACGGCGCGCGCGCUCCAACAGUCAAAUGUCAAGGCAAGCUUCCAGUCCGCUCCCAUUCGACCUACCAUUGUAUUCUUCACGAAUUUUCAUCUUCACUUCUUCGCUGGCUUCUACAUAACACUCCUGCAACUAUCAGACAUUUGGAAGCUCGAGCCGGACGAGGCAGCGCAGACACAAUGGCGCCCCAAGGUCCUAUCACGACACCUCUGACGACCCUGCUGGGCAUUCAGCACCCUGUGGUGCUCGCCGGCAUGGCCCGCACAUCGGGCGGUGCUCUCGCGGCUGCCGUAUCCAACGCUGGCGGGCUAGGUGUCAUUGGUGGUUUUCAGUAUACGCCCGAUCAGUUACGGGAGAUUAUUGCUGAAAUGAAAGCGGCCUUCAGACACCCCAACCUGCCAUUCGGAGUCGACUUGGCGUUGCCUCAGGUUGGCGGCAACGCGCGCAAGACGAACCACGACUACACGCAUGGCAAGCUGGAGGAACUCAUCGACAUCACCAUUGACAGUGGGGCUGUGUUGUUUGUCAGCGCAGUGGGCGUGCCCCCCAAGCACAUUAUUGACAAGCUGCACAAGGCGGGGAUCUUGGUCAUGAACAUGGUCGGACACCCCAAGCACGCCGUCAAGGCAUUCGAGCUGGGCGUCGACAUGGUCUGCCCCCAGGGCGGUGAGGGCGGCGGUCACACGGGCAACAUUGCCAACUCGGUCCUCAUCCCGGCCGUCGUCGACGUCGCACGCCAGUACAAGCCUCCCAUGCUCAAGGGGUCGACCGCUCUCGUCGUGGCGGCUGGAGGUAUCUCCAACGGGCGUGGGUUGGCCAGCUCGCUCAUGCAGGGCGCGGUGGGCGUCUGGGUAGGCACUCGCUUUGUUGCGUCCGUGGAGGCCGGGUGCAGCGAGGAGCACAAGCGCGAGGUUGUCAGCUGCGGCUUCGACGAGACAGACCGGACACUGGUGCUCAGCGGGCGUCCCUUGAGGAUGAAGGUCAAUGAGUACAUCAGGGACUGGCACUCGAGGCCGCAGGAGAUCCAGGCGCUGUGCGACAAGGGCAUCACGCCCAUUGAGCAUGAUAUUGACGAGGGCAAGGACAUUGACCUGCCGCACCUGAUGGGCCAGGUCGCGGGCUCUAUUGCCAAGAUACAACCUGCGGGUGAGAUUGUCGAGGAAAUGGUCAAUGAGGCGGCAGAGAUGCUGCAACUGGGCGGCACGUACCUCAACGCGAGGAGCAGGUUGUAAGCUGCGUAUACCGGUCGUGAUGGUAUACGUACGACGAAUCGACCAGAGCACAUGGGCCUCGGCGAGGCGGUGUAUGGCUACGGUUCAGGGCUGCAUAGCCGGUCAGUCCAUCGAGUUCCCGCGUCCGAUCGAGGCGCGGAUGGAUCUACCCUGUUGGCUUGUGGCGUGACCAAAGUAGAGUAGAGUGAAUAUCAUAGAGCACCUUGAUUAGCAGCACGGGCAUUAUUAGUGAAUUAGCUUGAGCUGGAUAUGACUGGCGGCAUAAAUCCUGAAUUUCUCUCAGUCAUAGGAACCUUUGGGCUGACGGACACUACGUGGCGUGGCUUGGUCGUCUUCUGAUCUCAUACGUACGGGUAAUAAUCAAUCGAUACGACGAUUUGCAUCAUGCAUGAGCCCUU